UUAAUUAGCUCAGGCCCCACCCACCCAGCACGCUAGGUGACACAAAUCAAACACACAUGCUGCCAUGUUACUUCACCAACAGGUGCAUGCUGGUUGUGGCUAACAUGCUAAAUGCUAACAUGCUGAUGGAUGACCCUCCACUUCACGUUCAGACAGUCAAAGAGGAAGGAAGAAGAGUUUUACUUGAUGCGGAUAUACACUGAAAAAAAGUCAAGACAUCAUUUCACCAACAGUUAGGAUGGAGGACACAUCUCUACUCUGGCUGCUCUUUCUGACCUCACUGCUGAGCUGCCCAACAAACCAAGCCUCUCUGACUGUGAGUCCCAGCAGCUCUCAGCUGUUUAAAGAUGAAUCUGUCUCUCUGAGCUGUGAGGAGGACGACAGCUCUGCUGGAUGGACUCUGAGGAGGAACACAACCAUAAAACCCAGGACUCAGUGUGGAGAUGGCUGGGGAAGACCUGCUGGUUCUUCCUGUAACAUCAGCUACAUGGACCCAGUGGACAGUGGAGUUUACUGGUGUGAGUCCAGAGAGGGAGCAACCAGUAACAUCAUCAACAUCACUGUCACUGGUGGACCAGUGAUCCUGCAGAGUCCUGUCCUCCCUGUGAUGGAGGGAGAAGACCUCACUCUGACCUGUAAAACAGAGACGUCCUCCAACCUCCCAGCUAGUUUCUAUAAAGAUGGAUCCUUCAUCAGGAAUGAGCCUGCAGGUCACAUGACCAUCCACAAUGUUUCCAGGUCUGCUGAAGGCCUCUACAAGUGUCACAUCAGCAGUGUUGGAGAGUCUCCACCCAGCUGGGUCUCUGUCACAGAGAAACCUACAACCUCAGCUCCGCCCCUUGGCUCAGACCACCUCCCCCUUGUGAUCAGACUGGUCUGUCACCUGGUGGUGUUCUGCCCGUUCUGCAUCUCCACCAUCAUCAUGGUGUCUUUAUAUCGACACAGGGCAGCAGGAAAUGACCUGCCCGUCUCCGUGCUGAUGACCCCACCCACCCAGGCUGAGGAGGGAUUGGAUGAUGACCAUGAUGAGGUCAUCACUGCUGUCACCACGGAGCAUCACUUCUGAACUGAUCUGAAAAGAAGCGCAAAUGUUUCAAAUCCUCAUAAAUCAGAAACAGUGGAAGCCUCAGAAUGCUUCCCUGUGGAUCUCCACUGGGAAGCAUUUUGAGUUUGACCUGUAAAUGGAGGAUGUUAACUUAAGCCCAGUUCAGUCCAGAGAAUGGCGAUGAAAGAAGUUUAAACGUGCAGCUGCUUGUAAUGCUCCAGUCUGCAACGUUUUGAAACCUUUUAGUUUACAACAGUGAGAUGAGACGGUGUAUCCUCUGCAUUGAGAUGACUCUGGGGCGCUCGUUGAGCCUCCGUAUAAAAUUCUGCCAUUUCCAACAGCUGACAGUUUGAAACAUAGUAAAUAAAAUGGGUCAUUUCAUUUCUAUAGUUUGCAGCUUAUUUGACCGUUCCAAAACCAGCCUCUGAAAACGUAACCAGCUGAGUCGCAGCGACACCAUCAGCUUGUUUUAGUCGAGCUGAAACGGGCCGCUUCAGAAGUAAAGGUUUCUUCAUGUGCCAUCUUUGCUUGCAUCUUUUUUGCUUUAGUAGCAGAUAGUGGUUCAGGUUCUGCUGUAAGUUGUGUUGUUGUUCAUGUCUUAGAUGUCAAGUUUUAAUCUCUUCAUAUCAAAUGAAAUAAAAUGAUGAGCAUCUUUUCUCUCUG